AUGUCACUCCUGUCUUCAUCGGCUCCCACUGCUGAUACUACGACGACAACCACUUCAACAUUGAAACCUUCACAGUUCUUCAACAGACGUGUUUCCUUUGAUAACUAUCGACCUGAGAUUAUCGAGCCUACUGAUAUUCCCCAUACACCUUCUCAUUCCUAUGAAUAUAAUACUGAUGACUUUGAGUUCGUCAAGUCUCCAUCUCCCCAUCUUAAACCGAUCUUGAAAAAAACAGUCAAUGAGGCAAAUAUACCACGUUCUUCAUCUUCUUCUUCCAGAAGAUUAUAUGAGAUCCCAGGUACCCGUAUAAAGAAACAUCUUUUGGAGAUGACCGAUGAGGAAAUUCUUCUUUUGGAUUCACAGUUCGCCAAGAAACAGAUCGAUGUUGAAAAGAACUACCGUUUUGAUUCUGACCCGGCGAUGUCUCCGGUAGGUCACCGCCUGGAUGCCAAGAAAGAGUCUAACUCCGGGUUCAAUUGCCUAAACAUGACAGACUAUCCAACCAAACCAAUCAUCAAGAAGAAUUCAAUAUGCUUGAAUUUCCGUCACUCGAAAUAUACCCAAGGAAUCAACAGCGACAAGUUCUAUCUUAUCUUGAUCUCGAAGCAUAAAAGUUCCCUUUCUGCCGUUGACUUUUACCUUGAAAACUAUUCCAAAAGUGGUGAUAAUUUGGUUAUCUGUGCGUCUAUCUCCAAUUUAUUCAAAGAAGACAUCCUCCAACAGUGCAUUUUUCAGUUGGUAGAACUCAUUCUUCAAAAAUUUGUUCGAUUUAAUAAAGAUCUGGCCUUGCAGAUCAACUUCGAGUUCUUCCGCAACAUAAACUACAUGUCAGAAACUUUGAAUUUGUAUCAGCCAAGUCAGAUCAUUGUGGGAUGCAGGGCUGCCAAGAAUAAGUAUACCUCCAUCGCAACAUCUACCAAGAAUUUCGUCUCUUUGGUAUACGUUGGCACAGAUUACAAACCGAGAACUGAAUAUUCUUCCGGUAAAGGUUCUUCCAAGGUCACUUUUAGGACCCCCUUUGCCGAUAAAAAUGUGUUGACAGUACCUUCUCUUACAGGAGGCUCUCGCAGAUCGUUAUCACCGUCAGCUGCAAUUCUGUCCCCGAGUGAAUCCACCACCUCCUCAAUUUCUGAUGUAUCGUCAAUUGAUGGGGAUGCUGACGAAGACCUGCAGGCUUCUUUCCUUGACGACAGUAAUGCAACAUUUCCAUUUUUGAAUUCUGUUCCACAUCUCGACCAUAUAAGCAGGGCCGAGAAAGAAAUACAUACUAUUCAUUCGAUGAUUCCGCGUACAAGGGCACAAUCAUCUCCUUCACUUGGAACAACUAAUUUAGCAACAACUAGCACGAAUUCGGCCUCCUAUUCCGCGCCUUCUUCUUCCACACCUUCUUCUUCCGCACCUUCUAUCUUACCACCCGCUCGUACAGGUCCAACUGUUAUCACACCAGAGUGGCGUGAGAAACAUGCCAUGUUCGAGCGAUACAACCGAAGACUUUCCUCAGUCAAGAUUCAACCACAGAAUCGGUCUUUGACCUUCGACCCCCCUGUUAUUCUCACUACCGAUAGUAGCCGAAAGAGCAAUCCCGGCAGACGCCGGUCAUCGUUGUUGUUGUUGAGGACACGUUCAAAAUCGAGAUCUGACAGUAAACUAGACUUGGUGAAUUCAAAUGCUGUGCUAACAAGCUCCUCUUCGGAAUCGUCUCCAACAUCUGAUGACGGAUCAGAUGGUCCGCAAGGAUUCUUCAAGAAGUUCUGGAAACGCAGGUAA